AUGUUCUCAAAAGGGUCUGCCCAGAGUCUGCAGAAUGCUGUCUCCCCAGGGCUUCUAUCCCUGAAGGAAACUGAGUCUUUUCAAGACUUAAACCAGAACCUUAUCGUGAAUAUCCGUGACUUGACAAGCAAAUUGUUGGUAGCCGAUGAAAAGUUCUCGCAAGCAAUUGAAGAGUUUUCUAGUGCAAGUUCUGAAGCCAAUAGUCCAAAAAGCAUUGUCCAUGAGGAAGUUUAUGAGGAAAAGAAGUUUAAACGGAAUAUGGUCAAUGGGGAAGCUGGGGAAGACAGGAAGAAAGCAUCUGCAGGGGAAAUAGAGCGGUCUUACUUGCGGAAAAAGGAGAAGCAACGGUUUGCACAAGAAAUGGGUAAAUAA